UACGAACCAUUUCUAUUUCGGGUUCGAUUUGGCGACUACUGAGAUGCAAACGACUGCUACAAACUACCAGUAGAAAAUACUGGUGGGCUCGUAGCUAUCACACGUCCCAACAAUCAAACAUUAGCAAAUCAGGAAAUCAAAAAUCGAAGCUCUGAUACACAGAAGCAUCUGUGGACAUCGAGAGUGAAAUGAAGGAGCAGAAUCAUAAUCCACUCCAAUGGCUAAAUCUGAUGGUAUCAGAGCCUUACUGUCUCUUUCAUUUCCUCGCUUUCUUCUCUUAUUUCGUCCUUCGCAUCUCCUCAUCCCUUAUCCUCGAUCCCCACAUCGCCCACCGCCUCCUUCAUCGGGAGAUUCAGGCGAUUCUGGUGCUUUCUGUUUUAGCUGCUAUUAAGUGGGUGAAAGAAGAAACAUGGGAGGCCUUUAUUGCUGACGUACUGUUUUUUGCAAAGCUUCUUCUUGUUGCCAUUACUUUGAUAUUGGAUUACCACUUGGCCCUCUGGUACACAGUGAUAUUCUCAGUUAUGUACAUCUUAACACAGCAGCCUGCCUUCCAAGGACUAGGUACUUCAAAUAAAUUAACACCACUGCAGUUAGAAGCCUUGCUGACAGAAGGGAAUACAUCAAGAUUCUGGUUGGUAGAAUUUCAUGCUUUACAUUCAUCUGCUUGUAUUCGAGCAAGUCGGUGCUUUCCUGAGCUCUCAAUUAUAUACUCAACCAAGAACUUAUCAUUUGGAAGGAUUGAUCUUGGACUCUUCCCAAAUGCAGCAGAAAAAUUUGGAAUAUCUCUUAGUGGGGGCAUGAGCCAACUUCCUACUUAUAUAUUAUUUGAGAAUGCUGCUGAGGUUACACGCUUUCCAGAGUGGGAUUUUGAAGCAAAAUCUUCACAUCCUCCUGUCAGUAAGAGACUCCUUUACAAACAUUUUGAGCUCGACCGACAUCUUGUUGAAUAUAUUAACUGUAAAUAGACGCCCAUGAUAGAUUUUCUGCUGAAUGAUCGAAUCCUUGGAAACCUUGUUUCCUUUUUAAUUUCAAAUUGAACACAGGCUUACCAUUUUGUAUGAUUGGCAAUUUAGACAAUUUUCUUCA